GUCUUGUUUCGCUUUUGUGGAAUUUUGAAAGACACCACUGCACUUUCUCCUCAGACCAAAAUAGACCAAGUCUGGCAUCUAAAGCUGGUAGACAGAUUUGGCCCAGGGCCCAGAGUUAUGGAACUUCAUUCAGUCAGCUGAACAGUGAAUACCUCAACCUGAAAUACAGUCUUUUCGCUUGGAACUUCAACAUGACAACCCUUGUGCAUUUGGUGAAUGAUGGAGCAAGUUUUUUCAGCUUGAAUGAAGUUUAGUACCUACUAGAAGGAACAGUUUGUUUCAUUGUCUUGGUCCCAAAUCCCAAACCCUGCAGCUUCUAAACAGUGGCGAUUUGAUUCAACUUCAUCCCUCCAGUUACCUGGUGGUGGCAGAUGAUCCUUCCCUGGUUCCAUAGUUUAAUGCUUGCUUUCCGGUUUCCUUUUCCAGACUGUGGAGUCACAUAUUUAAAAAAAAGAAUGGCGACAGUGCUGAUCCAGGGUGCCUCGCGCGGUCUGGGGCUCCAGUUUGCUCGUGCGUUGGCCGCGCGGGACUCUGUGACCACUGUGCUGGCCACGUGCCGGCGCCCGGAGCAGGCUGAGGAGCUGCGCUCGCUGCCCAAGGUGCAGGUGCUGCCGCUGGACGUCACCAGUGAGACGAGCGUGGCGGCGGCGGCCCAGCAGGCGGCGGCGGCCACUGCCGGACUCGACCUGCUCGUCAACUGCAGCGCCAUUCUGCACCCCAGCGGCCGCGGCGAGACCAGUCUGCGGGACGUGAGUCUGGCCGGCCUGCAGGAGACGUUCAACACCAACACGUUCGGCCCGCUACUGGUGGCCAAACACUUUGCGCCGCUGCUGCAGGCGGGUUCAGGCGCGCUGGGAGUCCAGUCGGAGGACGCCAAGCAGCGGCACGCCGCCGUGCUAGUCAACAUGACGGCAAAGGUCGGCUCCACGACCGAAAACGUUCUCGGUGGCUGGUACAGCUAUCGCAUGUCUAAGGCUGCCCUCAACAUGGCGACCAAGAACCUCAGCAUCGAACUGGGACGGGGACGGAAGAAGGUGCUGUGUGUCGGUCUCCAUCCUGGCACGGUGGAUACGGACCUGUCUCGGCCCUACCACAAGAACGUGCCGGCCGGCCAGCUGCUGUCGCCGGAGCGGUCCGUGUCCCACCUGCUGGCCAUCGUGGACCGGCUGACGGUGGCAGACUCCGGCCGGGUGUUCGUCUGGAGUGGGGAGCCGCUGGCAUUCUAAGCACGCUGAGCGAAUGACGGCGACACUUUUCGGGCCGGACGCUGCUGUGUGUGCUGUUUGAUGUGCUGCGUUCAUGGACGUAGAUGAAGCAUGUGAGUGGAUGAACGCUAGCGAGCCGUGCAAUACAGUGAUGUGUAGGGAAGAUACAGACUAAAAGGAGCUGCUUUUUUUGCGCAGGAAAACACAUAAACUUGUAGCAUCGAUCAAUGUGCCGCGAAGAUAGCUCCAACAAUGCAAUGACGAGUUAUUCCUCGUCUCGUCACUUGUUUGAUUUACCGUUAUUUCGUAUUGGAUUUUUAUAUCUAUUUUAUUUCUCAUAUACACGUAUUCUAUUCACUGAUGCGAAUGUUGCUUUUGUGACUUGCAAAAUGCCAUAUCUCUGUGCAUCUUCAUCGACCAUACGUUGUACAACUGGCUGUCAAGAUGGACUCGUACGCAAUAUUGAAACUACUGUGUAGUGCUCCAUGGUUGCUGUGUAAAAUAGCAAAGACUAUUAAUCA